AUGCUGGAAUACUUGACAUACAAAAAGAUUAAGAAGAACAGAGCCGAGAAAGCUGCGGCCGCCGAGGAGGCUGCGAAAAAGACCGAAGCUGGAUCUUCUGUCGAUCCAAGCCAUGGGCGGGUACCCGACUUUGACAAGAGCGCAAGCCGCCAACAGCCUACAAGGCGAAGCACUCACCGCAGCCAGAGUUCUACCACUCCUCCCUUGAGCCCGGUUCUUGACCGCAGUGACGAAGCUUGGCUUCGAAGCAUCCUAGAGGACGAUAGUCCGGCUCCGCCACUGCCUCCGCGAGUCAACACUCCCCAGAUUGAUCUAUCUUCUGCGUCAGAUAAUGAGAUAGAGGCCAUGAGACCUCCUGAAAAGAUACACGACAAGAAGGAUAAGAAGAAGGACAAGAAAACGAAAGAGAAGGGUGAGAAGCAGCCAAACCGUCUUACUGCUUUGUUCGCAAGACAAAAAAAGGCGCAGGAUGGCCUCAAGCCAGUGGAUAAUGUCGCCAAACAGGAAGCUGAGCGUGAGGAGGAGGAUCUCGGCAAUGUUCUUGAUCGCUUGAACCUUCAAGCCAAGAACAACAAAAUCGUCUCCCUAUCUAAUGAGUCCUCCGAGCUGCUGUCUCGCUUUACGCAGGUCUUCAAGGACCUUGCCAAUGGUGUGCCGACAGCUUAUGGAGACCUUGCGAGCCUUGUGGAGGAUCGGGACGGUGCCAUUAACCGUGGCUUCGAAAAACUGCCUGCCUCCUUGAAGAAGCUCGUCACACAGCUUCCCGAUAAGCUUACUUCGUCCCUGGCACCCGAAUUACUGGCAGCCGCGGCGAAAAGUCAAGGUCUUGAGGCUAAUACGGAUAAGGGCCUUAAGGACGCCGCUAUCGAUCUCCUCAAGCCAUCGAAUCUGACGGAUCUGGUGACGAAGCCUGGAGCUGUCGUCGGUAUGCUCAAGGCGAUCGUAAACGCCCUGAAGGUGCGAUGGCCUGCCUUUAUCGGCACCAACGUUAUUUGGAGUGUCGCUUUAUUCUUGCUGAUGUUCGUGCUGUGGUACUGUCAUAAGAGAGGACGCGAAGUGCGACUUGAACGUGAGAAGUCUGCUGCCGAGACUCCUCUCGACGGUAGUAGUCGUAUCGAGGAACUCCCAGAUGACCCUCUUCUUCCGGGACCAGAGGAAGCGACGGCAAGACGUAACGCUGACAGGGCGGCACUUGGACUUGGUGACCCUGUGUCUCCUAUGUCUGAAAGAUCGCCCCAUCCGUAUAUUUCCGAACCAGUCUCGCCCAUGGAGCCGGUUCGUCGUUGA